AUGAAGGUCGACGUGAAGCGACAAUUGUUCGCCCGCAGCGAGCGGGUGAAGGGUAUCGACUUCCACCCCCAAGAGCCAUGGAUUCUUACGACACUGUACAGCGGCCAUGUCUACAUCUGGUCGUACGAGACACAGCAGAUUGUCAAGACAUUUGAGCUCACCGACGUUCCUGUGCGAGCUGGCCGAUUCGUCGCAAGAAAGAACUGGAUUGUCUGCGGUUCCGAUGACUUCCAGAUCCGUGUAUACAACUACAACACCUCGGAGAAGAUCACCUCCUUCGAGGCCCACCCCGACUAUAUUCGAGCUAUCGCCAUUCACCCGACACAACCCUUCGUGCUGACCGCCUCCGAUGACAUGACGAUCAAGCUUUGGGACUGGGAGAAGGGAUGGAAGUGCGUGCAGGUCUUUGAGGGUCACGGCCACUAUGUCAUGGGACUUGCCAUCAACCCCAAGGACACCAACACUUUCGCGUCCGCCUCUCUGGAUCGUACCGUCAAGAUCUGGAGCCUUGGCUCCGCGACGCCCAACUUCACUCUCGAGGCGCAUGAGGCCAAGGGUGUCAACCACGUCGACUACUACCCUCACUCCGACAAGCCCUACCUCCUGACGACAUCCGAUGACCGGACCGUUAAGGUCUGGGAUUACACUACCAAGUCUCUGAUUGCUACCCUCGAGGGCCACACGAAUAACGUCUCGUUCGCGUGCUAUCACCCCGAAUUGCCAGUCAUCAUUUCCGGUUCCGAGGACGGCACUAUCAGGAUAUGGCACGCCAACACCUACCGAUUUGAGCAGUCGCUGAACUACGGCCUGGAACGUGCAUGGUGCGUUUCCUACCAGAAGGGCAAGCAGGGUGUCGCUGUCGGUUUCGACGACGGCGCUGUCGUCGUAAAGCUGGGUCGCGAGGAGCCUGCUGUGUCCAUGGACGCUUCAGGAAAGCUCAUCUGGGCCCGCCACAACGAGGUCGUUUCGUCCAUUAUCAAGGGUGGAGAUGACUCCAUCAAGGACAACGAGCCCAUUCAUCUCACCGUCAAGGAGAUGGGCACCUGCGAAGUGUACCCUUCGACCCUGCUUCACAACCCCAACGGAAGAUUUGUCGCUGUCUGCGGUGACGGCGAGUACAUCAUCUACACGGCUCUGGCGUGGCGUAACAAGGCUUUUGGUUCUGCGUUGGACUUUGUGUGGGCGUCUAAGGAGAACACCAAUGACUUCGCCAUCCGGGAGUCGGCGACGAGCGUCAAGGUCUACAAGAACUUUGUUGAGAAGCCCGGCGGCCUUGAUGUCGGGUUCCAGGCCGAUGGUCUGACUGGUGGUGUAUUGCUUGGUGUCAAGGGUCAGGGCGGCAUUUCGUUCUUUGACUGGCAAAGCGGUGGCCUGGUCAGACGCAUUGAGGUUGAGCCGAGAGAGGUUUACUGGUCUGACAGUGGUGAGCUGGUUGCUCUCGCAUGCGAGGAUACCUUCUACGUCCUCCGUUUCUCUCGUGAGGCCUACAUUGAGGGUGUCCAGACUGGUCAGGUUGAUGAGGACGGUGUCGAGGCUGCUUUCGAGGUCAUUACUGAUAUCAACGAGAGCGUUCGCACGGGAGAGUGGGUUGGCGACUGCUUCCUGUACACCAACAGCACCAACCGGUUGAACUACCUUGUGGGUGACCAGACCUACACCGUGUCGCACUUCGACCAGUCCAUGUACAUCCUCGGCUACAUUCAGCGUGACUCAAGAAUUUACCUUGCCGACAAGGAUGUCUCCGUCACCUCGUUUGCUCUGUCGCUGCCCGUCCUCGAGUACCAGACUUUGGUUCUCCGUGAUGACAUGGAGACGGCGCAAGAGCUUUUGCCGACUAUUCCUGCGGAUCAGUUCAACAAGAUUGCGCGCUUCUUGGAGGGCCAGGGCCAUAAGGAACUGGCUCUGGAGGUCGCCACUGAUCCCGAGCACAAGUUCGAGCUUGCUCUCGGCCUGGGCCAGCUGGAUACCGCACUCGAGCUUGCUAGGGAAGCUGAUGUCGAGCACAAGUGGAAGACCGUCGGUGAUGCCGCUCUUGCUGGAUGGCAGGUCGCCGUCGCACAAGAGUGCUUCACCAACGCAAGGGAUCUUGGCUCCCUUCUCCUCCUGUACUCGUCCACUUCAGACCGUAGCGGUCUCUCAAAACUGGCCGAGCAGGCCCAGGAGGCGGGUGCUCACAACGUAGCAUUCAGCUGCAAGUGGCUCCUCGGCGAUGUUGCCGGCUGUGUUGAGAUUCUCACCAAGACCGGCCGGUUAGCCGAGGCUGUCCUGUUUUCGCAAACAUACAAGCCGAGUCUCACAGCAGACGUCGUUAAGGAGUGGAAGGAGAGCCUCGACAAGGGCAAGAAGGGCCGCGUGUCCAAGAUGAUCGGUGUACCCGUUGAGGACGAGGAGCUGUUUCCCGAGUGGGACGAGUGGCUGCGCCUGGAGAAGGAGGGCGGCGCCGCGCCCGAGGUGGCCGAGGUUAAGAAGGUCAACGGAACUGAGUCACCUGCCUCGGCAGCCGAGGAAGAGAUCGAGGCAGAGGAGGAGGAGGCAGAGGAGGCCGCGGCGGAGGACGACGAGGAGUAG